AUGAAAGGGAGAAUCCCCAUACUCACCCACAACGCCCUGCUGAAGGUAACCAACUUUUGUUGCGUGAGCGAACGAAGGUGUUCAUUCGGCUUUUUCGAAAAGGAGAGAAGAAUCACUACGAAUAUUUACGGGACCAAAGAAGAUAAAAUUAAACAUGUGGGAGAGCUCAAAUUAAAAAGUUUAAAAAAAAACAAAACCGUUACGAAGGAUGACAGCAACGAAGAUGUGUACAUUCUGAAUGGGAAAAUAUUAUAUGCACAAAAGAGUAAGAAAGAAAAAAAUGAUUUAAAAAUAAAAUAUGGUUUGAAGAAAGCCAAGUAUCUGGACACGACGAGAAAUUUAUUUUAUUCCAAGUUGAGCAACAGUUUGGGGGAGAGUAGCUCGAUGGAGCUUCCCACUCGGGAGGAUACAUACAGAGGUCUGGAGGGUGCAGAGGCACAUUUGGCACCUGAUCGUGCGGGGGGCGUAAUAGAAGGUGAAGGCUAUAACCCAUGCGCAGAUUUGAACAGCGGGGCGAAUGCUGAGGCUAUGCAGACCGCCAUAAAAGAAGGAAUGGAGGCUACUUCGAUCAGGGGUGAUAGCACGAAUGAUACGCUCCACGCAGGGGAAACGAAAUUAAGUGACUCCCCCAUGGAGAUGAGGAAUGGUGAAUCGGCGGGAAGUUCGAAUUUACAAAAUGGUGACGACUUUCAUGUGAGUGCUCCCUGUAAUGUGCAGCACGAAAGUAAAAAUGUGUCGAGCGCGAAUGCGACGCAACCCUCCGCGGAAGAAGAGGAGAAACAUAAAAGUACAGACACGAUGAAAGAAGCUUGUGGUAAAUCGAGCCACUAUGCAAGUGUCCCCAACCUCAACAUUGAAAAGGACACCUCCGCAGGUAAUACAAAACGGGGAGGUGUCAGCACAACCGCAAAAGGUAUUGGACCGGAAGGCGUUGGACCGGAAGGUGUUGCAUCGGAAGGCGUUGCAUCGGAAGGCGUUGCAUCGGAAGGCGUUGCAUCGGAAGGUGAUGUGUCACAAAAUUGCCCUCCCCCAAAGGGCAAACCUCCAAAAGGCGACAUUUACGAAAUUUUGGAAGAAAUUACCCAUGAGCCCAGCAGGCGCGAAAUGAAGGCCUUCCUAAAAUCACUGCUAAUGCAUAAAAAUAAAAAGUGCACAAAAUUCCUAGGGAACUACAUAAGCCUAUACUUUUGUAACAUCCUGAGCCAAGAUUUGAAGGACCUAAAGUAUUCCUAUUUCGAUGGAGUAACCCUCUGUGUCAACACCUUUUUCAGUAUGCUGAAACAGUUGGAUGAAGAUCAGCUGUCCAAAAUGACAAACAUUUAUUUGAAGGAUUAUUUUUUAAAAAUUUUCCAAAUAUUAAAAUCGAAUAAUUUAAGUUUGCAUUUUGAAAAUUUAAAAAUAGAAAAUAUGAGAUUGCUGUACAUAUACAACAUAUUAGGGUUAACAAGGAAGGAGGGAAAAAGGACGAAAAAAGAAAAUAUAAAAAAAUUCCUUUAUCAAUAUAUUUGUGUGCAAAAUGAAGAUUUAGCGGUCCUGAAAAACACCAACAAAAUGAAGUUCCUGUCAAAUAUAAUUAAAAAUGGAGUUACCACACGAUUGCACAUGUUAGUCAUUCUCUCUUAUGACCUGUGUGGAUACGACACUACUUCUUCCAACUGCCUUACAAAAACUCAAUUUAAAAAUGUGCACUUGGAAGUUAUCCUCGAGAAUCAGCUGGAAAACCCCUUCUUCUCGUUGCAGUCCCCAGAUUCGAUAGACCUGAAGUCGUCUGGAUGGUACCUCGUUGACGUGAAUCAAAUAUUGAACGGGAAUCUGCCAUACGAGUGA